UGUGUACCAGGGAAGCUAAAUGUCAAAGAGGAGGAGUUGGAUGAAAUGUUGAAUGAAGGGAAGGGUCCCAUCAACUUUACUGUAUUUCUGACACUUUUUGGGGAGAAACUCAGUGGUACUGAUCCUGAAGACACCAUACUAGCAGCCUUCAAACUUUUUGACCCCAAUGGAACAGGCUUUGUUAAUAAGGAUGAAUUUAGACGACUACUGAUGAAUCAGGCUGAUAAAUUCACACCAGAGGAGGUGGAUCAGGCCUUCGCUCUCGCUCCCAUAGAUCCAACUGGAAACAUUGACUACAAGUCUCUCUGCUACAUCAUCACACAUGGAGAUGAGAAGGAAGAAUCAUGAACGGGACAGUUGUGUGAAGGCAUGUCGUAAAGUCCAAUUAAACCCAUUUUACCUUGGCUGUUAAUAAUUUGACCUGUCUGCAGUGCAGUGCUGUCCUUGAGUUAGUGAAAGUAAUAAGCCCUAUGCCCAGUACAUGUGAACUUAACUGAAAUCUAAGCCCAAUGAGAUAUGGGAUAAUCAAUAUCAAUCAAAAAGGAAUAAUCAAGCAUGAUUUUAAGAUGGGGAAUCCUUUUCUGACACAUGGUCACAGGACCGCAUGGUAUGAGAAGAAGGUAAGAAUUUUUGCUCUAGAAAUCAUUUUUAAAAUGGCAUAAAUUGUAAAUGACAGAUACGUGUAUGUGCUUUAUAGAGGAGUUUUGUCAAGUUUCAUGAAGUUUUUUGUACAUUGAAUGUUCAGGAACUCAGUUUUUCUUUUCGUUUCUUCGAGGCAACGUUGUGAAAUAACAUGUUCUUCUGGAGGGAAACUUUGCUAACAUUGUGUUGGAAUGUAAUCAUAUGUUACUUCAUGUAUUUGUGCACAUAUUUGUGCACAUUUUACAUGUUGCUGAUGUGAUGCCUCUUGCACAUUGGGAUGCCAUCAAAAUAAGUCUCCCUUUCAGAGACAGUUGCCAGGCCACAAGAGAUAUGGGUGACUGUGAUAAGACAAGAUUCAGCCUCUUCUGAAUCACAUGAAGCUGAAAUGGCUUCCUAUGCAUUACACAUUGUGUGUGGAUAAGCAAAUGAUGCCAUUUAAGGGCAGUAAAUUAAAGCAGUACCUACCCAGUGCAAAAUGCUGUUUCAAAGUAUUAGUCUUUGCUGGAUUUAUUUUCUUUUAUUUAUAAAGUCCCAAAUCACAACAAUAUGUGGCAUAGAUGCCAUUCCACGCAUAUUUGAAGAUUACAUUGAAAAAGCUGUCCAACUGCCUGGGAUUCCAGGUGUAGGGAAAUGUGGUCUCAAAUCCCAAUUUGCACAAAGUUUGUGCAAAUCCAAAGAUGAAAGCAAGAAGAGAACAAACCAGCGGUGGGAUAUCUCAAAAGUGUUAUGGGAAGAGGAAGAAGCAGGAACCCACGGCUCUCAAUCCAAAUCAGCAUGUCCACCUGGACAUUGCAUCACUCUGGCCAAUAUGUGACAACCCCCUCAUCACCAACUGGUCACAUAGAUAACUACACCACCCUGAGAUUGGUUCUGCUGGAGGUUUCUUGAUAUUAAAAGGGAGUUUUUCCUUCCCGCUGUUGCCAAAUUCUUGCUCUUUGGGGGUCAUGCAAUUGUUGGAGUUUCUUAUAUUGUAGGGUCUUUACUUUAAAACAUAAAGCAUCUGAGCUUAGUGCUGUUGUAAUUUUUGGCGAUAUAUAAAUAAAAUUGAAUUGAACAAAGGAA